AUGGUUAUUACCAUCUCAGCCAAGACCACCGCUGGAAAGACUGCUGCUGCUAAGCACAAGUUCGUCAUCGACUACUCUCGCCCGGCUGGCGACGGCGUCUUCGAUGGCGCGGCGUUCGAGAAGUUCUUGCACGACCGUAUCAAGGUCGAGGGCAAGACUGGCCAGCUUGGCGACAACGUGAAGAUCCAACGGGAUGGCGACACCAAGAUCACCGUUACGUCGAGCAUCCCCCUCUCCAAGCGGUACCUCAAGUACCUCACCAAAAAGUUCCUCAAGAAGAACACCCUCCGUGACUGGAUUCGCGUUGUUGCCUCGUCGAAGGACGUCUACCAGCUCCGCUUCUACAACAUCCAGGCCGGUGAUGAUGAGGAGGAGGAGUAA